UUAUGUCGGCUGCUAACGUAACGACGAUAAAACUCGAAGAGGGACAGGAGUCGGUAACAGAAAUCCAAACUUAUCUGGAGACGUUUAAUAAAGAGAUCGAAGGUGGCCAGGGCGAGCAGUUGCAACAUGUGCAGCUUCAGCAGGUUGAAGGCCUUUCUGGUGGUGAAGAAGGUGGUACAUACUUCGUAGACCAAUCCGGGCAGUACUACUAUCAAGCCAACAGUGACGAGGCGCCGGUUAUGACACAAGUGCAGAUACAGGAAGUAGAGGAGGAGGGCCAACCUGACGAAGCCCAAGAAGAGCAGUAUCACGAAGUUGAGGAGCUUGAGAAUGUAGAGGCUGAAGAGGAUGCUCAAGUUCCCAGUAAUGGAAAUGUAGUAUUAAACUCAACAGAUGCUUACCAAACAGUGACGAUCGUUCCCUCAGACACGAAUCCUGGUGAAGUCAGCUACGUACUGAUUGUACAGCAGCCAGAUGGUGAGGACAAAGAUCGUGGCGAGGGUGAAGGGGCUGAGGGUGAAGAGGGUGAACAAGAUCUCACUGUCUAUGAUUUUGAGGAUAACGAGGAUAACGAUGGUGCACAAACUGAGUACGAAGCUGAUGAUGAUAAAACUAAAAUAGUCAAGUAUUUACCGAAAAAAUCCCAGACAGUAACACAGGCGCACAUGUGUAAUUACUGCAACUACACAAGUCCAAAGCGCUAUCUACUCUCGAGGCACAUGAAGUCGCACUCUGAGGAAAGACCUCACAAAUGCAGUGUCUGCGAGAGGGGAUUUAAAACACUUGCAUCAUUACAGAAUCACGUUAACACUCACACUGGUACGAAACCACAUCAUUGCAAGUUCUGCGACAGUGCGUUUACAACGUCAGGGGAACUUGUGAGACACGUGAGAUAUCGCCACACCCACGAAAAACCACACAAAUGUCACGAGUGCGAUUAUGCAUCCGUGGAGCUGUCGAAGUUGAAGAGACACAUAAGGUGUCACACUGGAGAGCGUCCGUACCAAUGUCCUCAUUGUACAUACGCCAGCCCCGAUACAUUCAAAUUGAAACGACAUUUGCGUAUUCAUACUGGUGAAAAACCCUACGAGUGUGACAUUUGUCAGGCCAGAUUUACGCAAUCCAACAGUUUGAAGGCGCAUAAACUAGUGCAUAAUGUUGGAGACAAACCGGUAUUCCAGUGCGAGCUGUGUCCAACGACCUGCGGCAGAAAAACAGAUCUCAGGAUUCACGUACAAAAAUUGCAUACCUCUGAUAAGCCAUUGAAAUGCAAACGCUGUGGCAAAGCAUUCCCCGACCGGUACAGCUACAAGUUGCACAGUAAAACACACGAGGGUGAAAAAUGUUACAAAUGCGAUCUCUGUCCCUACGCUUCUAUUUCCGCUAGACAUUUGGAGAGUCACAUGUUGAUUCACACUGAUCAAAAGCCGUACCAGUGUGAUCAUUGUUAUCAGUCGUUCAGGCAAAAGCAGCUAUUGAAACGUCACUGCAAUCUCUAUCACAAUCCAUCGUACGUGCCGCCACCACCGCAGGAGAAAACUCAUCAGUGCCCCGAGUGUGAGCGUGCAUUCAGGCAUAAGGGUAAUUUGAUUAGGCACAUGGCUGUUCACGAUCCCGAGUCAUCGCUGCAGGAGAAACAACAGGCCCUGAAGAUUGGCAGACAGAAGAAGAUACAGAUCAUCGAUGGACAGCGUGUCGAGGUCAUGACCGGUGAUUUAGCUUCUAAACUUAAAGGUUACGACGACGAAGAGGAAGAGGAGGAGGAAGAGGACAUGAUGGCCGUUGAGGGCAGCGAUGGACAGCAGUAUGUGGUGCUUGAAGUUAUUCAGUUGGCUGAUAAUCAGAGCUCAGAUCAGAUGGCUGUUGUGGCGAGUGAAGAUGGUGACUUGAUGAUGCAAGACCCAUUGAGUUCCGAAGUUGGAAUUGUAGAAUCAAUAGAAAAUGGAGAAGAGGAAGAGGAAGAGGAGGAGGAUGUAAACUUGGAAGAGAUUAAACAAGCAAUCGCGUCCCGCAAAGUGCACCAGAAAGCCAACAGUGAUUCAAAAAUAAGUAAAGAUAUGGAGAACUGCUUCGGCUUUGAUGAGGAAGAGGAAGAAGAGGAGGAAGAGGAAGAGGAUGAUGCAGGCACUGAAAUUCGCCUCUUGGAGUCCCUCUCGUAAUGAUCAACACUCGACUAAACUGGGCGUAAUGUACCUACUUAAUAGUCAGAACAUUUUUCUUUUAAUCAACAGAGCGGAAAGCUAAUCCAACGCAUACAUUGAUGAUCAUGAUUCUGGGAUUACACAGUGUAAAUUAGAAAUAUGUAAUAAUUUAUCCAUCUUACUGUGUUUAGUCAUAUUCACUAAGAUUCGUAGUUUUUACGUGAUGUAAACGAGAUGGGGUUUAUUGGGUAAACAAUCACGUAAACUUGAAAAGCAACAUUUAUAUUUUUCGCUCUUGUAUCCAACUCGUACGAGUUUGUCAUUUGUUAAGAAAUCCAUUUACUGAUAAAUAUCAAUUACAGAACUUAUAAUGAUAUAAUGAGUGAAUGGAGAUACACGAAUGAAUGAAUUGAUAGGCUCCUGCCUUGUAAAUAUUUCUUUUUUUCUUCAAUUAUUCUGUAUUUGAUAAACAUGAAAUUACGUUAAGGAUUUAGCAUAACUGUCCAGAGAAUAUACUCUGCACUAAGUGGAUUAUUCCAUCCACAAUGUUAGAAUGAAUGGUAAAUGAUUUAACUGAAAAAUACACGAUUCCACAGACAUGACCAAAAGUUUUAAGUUUCAUUGGUAUUUUUUGUUGUACCAAAAUUUAUCAAUUAUUAGCUUGCAACUCGUCCAAUUAAGGAAAGAAUAUUUUCGCAAUCUUCCUUCCCUAGUUUCCAUUCAUCUCAACAUGUCUCUAGUUGUUCCAAUUUUAGCUUGUAUUCAUUUCAUUUGGGAUUAGUGUUUCAUGUUAUGUUUCCAGCAUAAUUGACAAUUCCUGUUAAAAAAAUAAAUUUAAUAUUAAUCAAUUAAAUGUAUGAAAAAUUGAUAUGCUGUCUGGCGUAAUCGUAUAGUUGGAAGAAUUCGCAAUUUAUGAAUGAUUCAUCAUCGCAGAGUUACAAUUGGUGUGGAAAUUCACAGUCCUUGCGGCUCUACGGUGGCGAUACAUAAAUAUAUAUGAUAUAUAUAGAUAUUUAAAUAUUGAAAUGAUUGAGUUUAAACGUAAUUAUUUUGCAAAUAAUAAUUUAAUUAGUGCUUUUGAUUUCAUUAAUAGAUGUGAAGAACCAAAAUAAUUGAAUAUUGUUUUCUGAAUGCAUACAUUAUGUCUCAAGAGUAUACACAAAAACGACACCAUUAAGAAGUUCGUUAAAAGUGAAAUUUCAAACGACGUAAAGUGGAAUCACCUAUGUACAAUUUUUUUACACUAAAAAAAAUCUACUGUACAAUUGUAAUUUAGAACCUUGAUCGGCACUGUUACAUGCUGUCAAUAAUAAUAAUCAUAAGUUUAAAAAAAAAGAACAGAA